GUAUCUCGAUCUCUACGAAACUUCGUGCAACUGGUGACUGUGCGGUUCCUCCCACUUGGGUGUGGUGUACUGUUUUGCGCAUGUUUGUCUCGGACGCAUUUGUUUACGCCCUUUGCACCAGGCUCGUCCGCAAUGUUUGGCAAACGAAAGCACAAACACGAUCAGCGCAAGAAGAGCGCGCAACAGGCAAACGGUGAACGAGUUGUCGAAGCGAGAUAUUACGAUCACGAUGACGCCCUUGAUGAUUAUGGUUCAGAAGAAAACGAAGAGGCUGCUGCUGCAGUAUUAUGGGCUAUGGAAGACGAAGCGGCACACAGGUGGGACCAAGACGAAGAAGUCGAUUAUGACAAAAUGAAAGCAAAGUCAACACCAUCUAAACAAAACCCAAUUUUGUUUACCUAUUCAAACACAACUUCACACAAGAUGGGAUUUUUAGGCACACUGAAAGGUGUUCAAGGUCGUUUACCUCCACAAGAUGGAAGGACUGAUCUAUUGGAGGUUAUCGACACAGCUCAGAGACAGGGUAGACUGCCUUGGAUGGCAGCCGACGAUGACAAUCGAUAUGUGGUCAUUUCUCGGUAUGGAAUGAAGGUUACUGACGUCCGAAAGCAGCAAGUCCACAUGCGUCAUCCCCUGCAUCAUAUUGCUGGCAUAAUUUUCUACGAGGACGGCUUUGGAAGAAACAUGUUGGCAUUCAAGAUAGGAGAACCACGCGAAGAGAAAUACGAUGUUUAUAUCUACGAAUGCGAAUCAGAGAGACAUGCAAAAGACGUUUGCCUGACAUUGGCUCAAGCAUUUGAUGCUGUUUACCAAAAAGCAACCAUGGAGCAGUCAAUGACAUCCAGUAGGAUUCAAUAGAAGGCUGUGAGUUUGGUGUAAAUAGAGUAAUACGAUGGACAUGGAAGGGUUUAGUUUCUAUGAGCUCCAAUGAGAUGCAUAAACAGGUUAGAGAACGUUGUAUUCUACGUAGAAACUUACCAACAAGCCAAUGACAAAACAAACAA